CGUGAAGAUGAACACGGCUUCCCUUUUGUUGGGAACGGGGAAGAUGAUGAACCGUUGAUACUUGGAAUCACCAGCUUGAAGCUAAUGCAAAACAUCAGUUCGCUACAGGAUCGCGAAGCAUUUCUCAUUUUUCACUUGGACGCUACUUUCAAGCUGAGCGACAUCGGUUACCCUGUUGUUACGUGCGGUUUCACCGAUCGCCACCGAAGCUACCACCUAGCCGCGCUUUUCAUUGUUAGCCAAAGGACCCGACGCGAAUAUUACGAAUCGAUUGGAGCUUUCGCACGAAUUUUCAGGACCCACAUGAAAAGACCACUUCGAGUUGACGUGAUAAUGGGCGACGCCGAAGAGGCCCAAUUGAACGGACUGCGGGAUGUUGCAGAAUGUGCAACCUGUCCGUACCUGAUGUGUUUCUUCCACGUGAUGUACAAUGUACGCAAGCGAAUGCGACACUUACCAGAUUCGGUGCGAGCUAUGGUGUAUCGUGGUAUUCUUGACAUGCACUACACACUCAACCAAACCGAAUUUUGGGAGGUGUGGGGGCGUGUAUCUCAAGAGUGGCAAUGCGAUAGAAGGUUGCACGUCUUUUUGACAUAUUUCGCGGCACAAUGGAUUCAUAGCCGCUUCUGGAGAUGGCAGAUUUAUCACUCUCCAGGGGGGUACGCUACAACCAACAACCCAUGUGAAGUGUUUAAUGCCAGCAUCAAGCGCUAUACGCAGCGCAAGGCAGCAGAUACGCGCCGUUUGUUGAUGAAGCUACUGACGAUUGCAGAAGAUUAUUCGCUGUGUGUACCACCUCCCAUGGCAUCUGGACCAAACGCCCCGCCUCAAGUUGCAAAGCAGCUGGCCCGAACGUUAGUGUCGACCAACCGAGUCGUCGUUUACGCUACGACCGAGAAGUCGGUUGUUCGCGUGCUAUAUCAUUGCGGUGCUGUGAAAUGGUCUGUACGCCGCGCGCACCACGUUGGCAUGCCACGAGGCGGGUGGGCGGUGCACCUGAGUACGUUUGAGUGCUCAUGUAUUUUCUAUAAGAAGUUCCUGUCUUGUGCCCACAUAAUCUGUGGACUUGCGGCUUACGGACUCAGCGUUCCAGGAGUUAAUGGGUCCAAUUUAAGAUUCAAGGAUAGGCGUGUGCGCCAGAAGCGU